AAAGACAUGAGAUGGCAAAAUGGUGCGAAGCACAAUUACGAAACAGUUUAUGACCGGGAUAUGCCUUGGAAUUGUUGUUUACUACCUGUUUGUCCCGUCACUUCACGAUAUUCGAAUGCGCGCUCACCAUGACAAGGCUCACGUGCGCAGUGGAAAAGUGGAGAAUUUUGAAAAGGAAAAAGAACUACCGAAAGAUUUGGACGACGUUGAAUUGGAAAAUAUGCAAUUUAAAGACUUGAAUGAGGAUAGGGGUCAUCACCAUGAUAAUACAAAAAUUGCAGAUUCGUUGAAGAAACAAAUCACUGUGUUUUGCGUAAUACUUGCCAAAACGGUCGACCUGCCAAAGAAAUCAACAGCAAUUCACAAAACAUGGGCCAAACGAUGUACUCAAGUAGUUUUUCUCGCGCACGGGGCCAUUGACUCUUAUAACUUUCCGAUUGUUGAAGUCGGCUCCCCGGAACAAUUUUCUUUCUACAGAAAAAAGAUUCAGAGCGUUAUAAGUUUGAUAAUGAAAGAAUAUAUUGAACAGUGUGAUUGGUUUCUGAUAGCCACAGACGAGACCUAUGUCAUAAUGGAGAAUCUGCGUCAUUUCUUGUCCACUAAAGACCCGACAUCGCCUGUACUCUACGGUCGAGUAAAUCCCUUCAAAGGCGUCGAAUUUAAAAAGAUAGGAUUGCCAUGGCAAUUUAAUAUUAAAAAUAUGGGAUUUGUAAUGAGCAAGGAAGCAGUUCGGCGUGUGUCGGCCAUUGACUAUAAACAGAUAUCAUGUGACGGUCCUGUAUCUGGAGAUGCGUAUGAAGAUCUAUGUAUGGAUGUUGCUGGCGUCAUUGUCGGGUCGACCAAGGAUACGGAUGGGCGUGAAAUGUUCAACUGUGUGCCCCCGGAACACCUCAGCCUUAUAUACUUCCACGAGCAUGAAGAAGUUGGAGCCACUGGCAAAGUUACCGUCAGUGACUACGCUAUAUCGUUUUGUAUGGUGAAUGCUCCUAAACAGUUCGGACUGGAAUACCACACAUAUCAUCUACGAGCCUACGGAGUUGACAAGCUGCACGUGUAAUCUCCUUAACGGAAAGCACGAAAAUCUGAGAAUAUUCUAUGUAUCAUUCAGUCUCACUUAUCACCGCAUUUAGUUAUCAUGAUUUGAUGCAAAACUGUAUCUAAUACAUUAAUGUUUGUACAUAGAAUUGGGUUUAAAUAAAUCCCUUUAAUUUAACACAUUUUUAUAUAAUUAUGUCAGUUGUGCAGCAUAUGCAGCUCAGUUACCACUUUCAAAAAGUUACCUCCCCUUCCAGGCGCUUCCAGUGGAGAUAGUGUAUACAAAACAGGCGUGUAUUGAAAUUGCUUAGGACAUGGUUAUGUCUUUUUAUUAUAUUCACUUCCCUGAGCUUGAGGAUAAAUAUAAACCAGUUUCUAAAACGCAAAUCGAUUUUACCGAUAGGGGUAGCAAUAACCUGCUGUCGUCGUGCUAUUUUCGAGUGAUUGUCUUGUAGCUAAUUGUUUGUUGUAUCGGUUUUUUUUUUAAUUUAACAGGCGAUUAAGUAAAUUAGUCAUAAAUUGAUUGAAUCCUCUUUUGUGACUAAGUUCAAUGGUUGAUCAAUUGAGGAGGCGGUCAAACCGCAAAUCAAUUAAUGUACAAUUUGUCCCAGUCCCAUUCACUUACCAUAACAAUAACCAAACACAAUCAUAAUUUUACAUAUUCUAAGUGCCGUAAAACUAAAAUAUUGAAUUUUGAUUAUCAGGAGAGCUCUGUCAAUUUAUGCGUGGAUUUGCCGUCGUAGAAGUGACGUUAUCGGCAUUGUACCAACUAAACUUUAUAAGCAAAUGAAUCGGGAUUAAUUUGAUAGUAUCAUCAAGUCCUUCUUCAGUAAAAACAGCAAUAUUACACCUUUUUGUAUUAAUUAUAUGUUCUGCACAUAACGAACCUAAUUUAUUAAACUAUUUAUGCUAUUAUAGUGUAAUGUAAAUGCAAAUCAGUUACCAGUGGUUUCCGUAAUAAAACUAUAGCAUUUCUCCACCCUUUAAUCAGCUAAACGUGAAAAAAACAUAGCACAUUCUAUCUAUUUAAAUGACCUAGAAUAUAUCCGAAUGAAAACUGUUAUCGAAACAAUAUAUGUUUAAGAUCAUACAUUAUAUUUGAAAGGGACUGUAAAUAUUGAUUAUCUCCCUCUUCUUUUUUCCUAACUGUGUUCCAAUACACAUAUCAUUUGCCUAACUGUGAUCCCGAACACAUCUAAAUUGCCUAACUGUGUUCCCCAAAUACAUCUUCGUUCCCUUACUGUGCUCCCAAUCACAUCGCCUUUGCCUAGCUGUGCUCUAAAUCACGUCUUUUCCGGAAUGCUCACAUUUUUUUAUUGAAAUGUUCACAAUCAAAAGAAAAAAAAUUUAAAGAAUAAUAAGUUC